ACAGCAUGGCGGCUUCUUCAGAGAAAACCGCGCCAUCAAAUAAUAGGCAGGGCGGAGGGAACAAUGAAAUUGUUGAGGUUUUUUCAAUACCCAUUUCAACGAAGAAGCGCAAGAGAGGAGAGGAGUCGAAAAAUGAGAGGCAUACAAGUAGCAAAGGCAAGGAGAAACAAGAAAAACCUACACCCGCCUCCGCUGCAAAGAAAGUCAGAUUCCAGGAGGAGGUAACAACUGAGACCAAAGAAAUUGAUGAAAGGGAAAACAGCAUUUUGAAAAGGAGAAAAGAGAGCAGUCUGGUGGAGAAUGAUAAAAAAAAAGAUGAAGGGAAAGAAAAACACUCAAGUGUUGAGGUGCUGGAUCACAUUCACACCAAGAAUAUGAUUGAGGGGUGUGUGAAAUCUAUGAUAAGUGAAGCAAAACAAGAAUUUGGGAAAGAGAACAAGAGUAUUAUGGAUGCCUUUCAAAAUAAGGCGAGACAAGGAAAUGAGAAGCGCAAAGGGUCAGCCUCUUACAAGCACAGGGCUGAUAUGUUUGAUAGUUUACCUUGUUCUCAUUACAUAAGAAGCGAUAUGUUGGAAGCCCCACUGAGUGAUUUUGAAAUUGAAGAACUAAACGAGACGUACGCUUUGUGCAAGAGUAUGAGGUCGAGUUGGUGCAAGAGACUUUAA